AUGUCGAAUCCCAACCAAACGUCCUCGGCUCAACAGUACGAUGCAAACUCAUAUCUAAACGGUUCUCCUGCAGCAGCGGAGGCUCAGCAAUUAUCAUAUUACAACUACGAUUAUUCUUCGUACGGUCCCGCCGCAGGGUACUAUCCCGGUUAUGAAAACUAUGAUUAUUCCACCUACUCAAACUACUACUAUCAAUAUCCAAACCCCAUAUCAGUCUCUGCUCCUACUACAACGCCGCCUGUAGUAGAAGCACCACCGACAAUAAUCAAUCCUGCUGGAAGUGCGUCUUCUGCAAAGAGUACCAAUAACAUCGUUGGUGUCGGAUCAACAAUAGGCCAGGAAGGAUAUACAAUCCCAACAGAGAAUACGAAACCGAAUACACCAAAAAAGAAACAAAAGACUAUAGUCAGAGCUGCCGGUGGAGAAGUUUGGGAAGAUCCAACUCUAUUAGAAUGGGAUCUAAACGAUUUCCGACUGUUUUGCGGUGACUUGGGUAAUGAAGUGACUGACGAAGUAUUACACAAGGCAUUUAGCAAAUACUCGUCUGUUCAGAAAGCAAAAGUUAUUCGUGAUAAAAGGACAGGCAAAACAAAAGGGUAUGGCUUUGUCAGUUUUAAAGACGCUGAUGAAUUUGUAAAAGCAUGGAAAGAAAUGAACGGCAAGUAUGUUGGUAAUCGUCCUAUUAAGUUGCGCAAAAGUAGUUGGAAAGAUCGAAAUAUCGAAGUAAAAAGCAGGAAGUACAAUCCAUACAAAUAG